AUGUACAUACCAAAGGUUUCCCUGGGAGCCUUGUUCUUGAGCUCCCUUUUCCAACUCACAAGCAGUUCAUCUCUACCGAACGACCCCUCUCCUCCCGAGCAACUCAUCAUCAAUCCAUCCUCCUCCGAAUCUACAAAUCGCAUACCUACAUCCCGCGAAAGUGCCAUCCUGGCCCGUCGCAUCCUUCACCUAACGCCCCUCGGAACCCUAUCCUCCAUAUUCCCCAAUUCCUCCUCUUCCCUCGAAAAUCGCCCUUCCAAUCUCCAAAAUAUCCCCAUCGGUCUCAUGGAUUACAUUGCCGAUUGCGAACCCACCACCAAUAAUCCCACCAUCCUCGCAAUUAGCAUCGCUACCACCUUCAAAAACGCCAUCUCCAACCCCAAUAUCUCUCUAUCCCUAGCCUGGAUUCCUCCCUACCCCCCAAAGUCGCGCAUCUCUUCCCAAAAACCAGAUUCAUUCGCUUAUUCCGCGGCCAACCAACCGCGUUUCAGUAUACUGGGAUACCUCGAACCCAUUCCAACUUCAUCCACACAAGAAGAGGAAUUGAGAACAUGUUUUGUCGAUACCCAUCCAGAUGCUAAAUACUGGCUACCGGGUAACCAUAUCCAUCAUAGUGAGUGGGUGCGAUUGGUGGUGCAGGAGAUAUAUUGGGUGGGAGGAUUCGGGGAUCGUGCGUAUAUUGGAUGGAUACCGAUUGAGGAGUGGAGGUCUGUGGAGAGGAAAGAGUGGGAGGGAGUGAGGUUGGUGGGAGAAAAGAAGGGAUGGAAGGAAUGGGCUGUUGAGGGUUUGGGCUUGGGAGGUACUUGGGAGUUGUGA